AUUUAACGACGAUUUGACCUUCAAGGGCUCAGUAACCUUUGUCAGUGGUCGGUCCCUUUGAAUAUUUGCCGAUUCCGUUUCAGUAUUUGUUACAUGAACUGAUGUGUUAUCGGUGAAUAGCCGUUUGAAAGAUAUUUCGUGUAAAUGGCUACUAGUCUGCUGAAAUCUCUAGUGGAUACAACAAACAGGGAUUAUCCUUCAACCUUAAAGUUUUGCAUGUGUUGUUCUGCCGCUUUUCUUUCAGAAACUAUCACCUACCCACUCGAUAUACUUAAAACUCGCAUUCAGGUUUAUGGAGAACUACAGAACUCAUCAUACCCUGGAGUUAUUAAAAUUUGUUCUUCUGUCAUAAGAAAUGAAGGUCUGUUUAAACUUUGGCAAGGAUUAUCUCCAGCACUCUUCAGACAUAUAAUUUAUACAGGAGCAAGGAUGCCAAUCUAUGAAAUUAUUCGCCAAGAUAUUUUCCAUUUACCUCCUGCAAGUCAUUUCACUGUAAAAUCAACUAAGAAUUCUUUCUCAGAUAAGUCACAUGUUAUGCCAAAACAGAAACUAUCUGCCAUGGAAAAAACGAACACUGAACUAAUUUAUGAGAAUAAUUCGAAAUUUGUUAUUCAAGCAGCUUUUACUGGGGUAAUAGCUGGAUCUUUUGCUCAGUUCUUAGCAAGUCCCAUUGAUCUAAUUAAGGUUCGGUUGCAAACAGAACGCAGAUGGAUGUCAGAACAACAUCUGAAUAAUUACAAACCUUCUAAGCCAACUGAAUUGCCUACUGGUCAUCAACGCUUAAGUUUUACACGUACAGCUAAACAAAUUAUUUCCGAGGGUGGAAUUAUUGGAUUGUGGCGUGGAGGAUUACCUAGUGUUCAACGUGCAGCUCUUGUGAAUAUGGGUGAACUUACCACUUACGACACAUCAAAGCGUUGGUUUGCCGUGCGUUUUCAAUUAGAAGAUGGUACGCUACUUCAUGUUUGUGCAUCGAUUACGUCUGGUUUUGUUGCGGCAGUACUUGGGACACCAGCUGAUAUGAUAAAAACACGAAUGAUGAAUCAACGUACAACAGCAUCGUCGUCAAUAAAUGGAAGCGGUCUAUUAUAUGCCGGAGUGAUUGAUUGUUUUCGUAAAACUGUUAAAAAUGAGGGAUUCUCUGCUUUGUACAAAGGUUUCUUUUUGAUAUGGGCUCGCAUGGCACCUUGGUCUUUAACAUUCUGGGUAACCUAUGAAAAAAUACGUUGUCUAGCUGGAGUUGAUGGCUUUUAAUUGUUAAUUAAUAGAAUUUUAAGCGAUAUAGUUUAUUUCAGAUUGUUCUCUCUGCUAUUGGUUCAUAAUGGUAUUAAGUAGUAUGAGUAGUAGUAUUAGUAGUAGUGGUAGAUUAAUGGGAGAUACCCUUAAAAGAAAAACAGUAUUGAACAAACAUUCUAUGUAAAAUUUAAUUCUAAAUUGUCUUUCAUUUGAAUUUGAACUUAGUUGUAAAGAAAAUUUCUAUUUUGAUUAUGAUUAUUAUCAUUCAUGUAAACUACCUAUUCAACUACUCGUUUUGCAAUAAAAUUAAUGUUUCUAUGUUAUU